GUCAGCGAUGGAGCGCCGCCCGGCAGCGCCGGGACCUUACCGUGCCACCGAGCUGUGGAAUGAAAUCACCAGGUACUUCCGAGCCGGCGUGCCGCUGAGGACGCACAGGCAGCACUUCAGAAAGCACGGCAGCUGUUUCACCGCCUCCGAAGCUGCAGAUUGGCUGCACGAAGCGCUGAGGAACAACAGCAACUUCGGGCCUGAAGUGAGCAGGCAGCAGACUGUCCAGCUGCUAAGGAAGUUCCUCAAGAAUCACGUAAUUGAAGAUAUUAAAGGAAGGUGGGGGUCAGAAAGCCUCGAAGACAAUGGUGCGCUAUACAGGUUUCCUUCAACCUCUCCAGUUAAACCUCUACCAGCUUCAUGUCGCCAAAAUGAAAACUUAGGAACCUUCCCUAGAGACAGACUUCUUAAGCUGCCACAUUUAUCAAGGAGAACUCCGAAAAAACACGAAUUGCUGAGAGCUCUGGAAAAUGUGGAGAAAACAAAGCUGGAUAAAACAGCAGAAAACGAAGAGGAUGCACAGUGCAGGAAGGAAGUAAGCCAGGAAUGCGUGCAAGAAACUUGGAGAAAUAUCAUUCUGAUACAUUUGCAAACCAUUUUAGGCCUCCCAUCCUUGGAAGCAGUUCUGCAGCCAACACAGAUAGUUCCUGAGCACGUCAUAUACAAUAUGACACACACAAGCAAACACGGUGUUGUAAUUUUGCAGAACAAAUCAGAAGACCUCCCUCACUGGGUGCUGUCAGCUAUGAAGUGCCUCGCCUACUGGCCCAGAAAUAAUGAUAUGAGCCAGCCAACUUACAGUGGGUUUGAACGGGAUGUCUUCAGAACAGUUGCUGAUUAUUUUCUCAAUCUUCCUGAACCAUUGCUUACUUUUGAAUACUAUGAACUUUUUGUUAAUAUUUUGGUUAUGUGUGGCUUCAUCACAAUUCCAAAUAAAUGCAAUGGAAAACAUUCAGUCCGAGAUGAGACCUGUGACCCCCAGCCUUCAAAAAUUCUUCACUUGAACUCCUUCAAGUCAACUGAAUGUCUUCUUCUAAGCCUACUUCGCAAGGAGCCAAAGGGAAAGAAGGAGGAGUAUGAAGCUUCCUGGAAGUCCUCUUCAGAAGAGUUGGCUGUUCAGACACAACGUGCAAGGAAAUUGCAGCAGUGUGAGCUGACAAGUAAACGAGGCAGUGCUGGCAGUCUCAUAGGAGGAAGUUGUCAGAAUCUUUCAGGUUUCAGGAAUGAACAAGAUCUGUCUCUAAAUCUGAAGACGAGAUGUUACUCUUUGGAAAGAAUUGGAAACGCUGCCUCAAGAGUACAUCAUAAAGGAGAAUCGAAUUCCCUCAGGGAAACUAAUGUCUUGAGCACAAGAAAUAAGGAGCAAUGGCUACCAUGUGUGGCUAAGACUGAGUCUGUGUUGGAGUUUGGUUGUGAAAACGCACGCCAAAAACGAAGUGAUGGUUCAAAGAGAGUGUCUGCCUCAGUUCUUCAGGAUAGAGAGCUAUUUAAGGAAAAUCUUAAAUCCAAGCAAAUAUGCAGGUCUCAGAGUUUACUUGGGAGCAGGAACUCCAGAAGUUGCACCAGCAUCAAUGCCCCCGUUGCUGAAAUCACAGUAAAGCCGAGGUCUCAAUUCUGUGGGCAAGGAAGACCAAAUACCUCAGCGGCUGCUUCAGUGGGCAUCAGGACUGAGGUUCCUGAUGUAACCAUCAGUCAGAGGCUCUGCAGAAGUACCACAGCACUUUCAGAAUGCUCUUUCGCUCACUCUUAUGUGUUGACUGGCACGCAAAGUCUCCUUCAGCCUCACUUAGAAAGGAUUGCUGUUGAGGCCCUGCAGAUCUGCUGCUUGCUGCUUCCACCACCAAACCGCAGGAAGAUGCAGCUCCUGGUGAGGAUGAUGGCUCGCAUCAGUGAGAACGUCGACAUGCCGCGGCUGCACGACGCCAUGGGCACGCGUUCCUUGAUGAUACAGACUUUCUCUCGCUGUGUGUUGUGCUGUGCAGAAGAAGUGGAUCUUGACGAGCUGCUUUCUACACGAUUAGUUUCAUUUCUCAUGGACCAUCAGCAGGAAAUAUUUAAAGUACCAACUUACCUGCAGGCUGCAGUGCAAGAUCACAUAGAACACAUGAAGAUGGCUCAGUGCAAUCAUCCAGGGGAAGAAAUCUGUGCCAUAUUACCAACCUAUUCGUACUGUGAACAAAUAACCCCUCAGGAGUUUGAAGAACAAAAGGUUUCUACUUCUCAAGCUGCUGUGGCAGAGCUGUUGGAGAACAUCAUCAAGGAUAAGAACUUAUCUGUGAAAGAGAAAAAGAAAAAGUUAAAGCAGUUCCAGAAGGAAUAUCCUCUGAUAUACCAGAACAGAUUUCCUACCACAGAAAAUGAAGCAGUGCUGUUUGAGAACAAACCUACCAUCAAACAACCCAUGCUGAGCCUAAGGAAACCCAAAUUUCGCAGCCUGAGAUAUUAAUGUCUGCUGCACAUUGCCUGGGGGUGUGCCUGACCAAGGGGUGCUUGGAAUGGAAGGCAGUCUGCAGUGGCUGUGCACACAGAAGGAAGGAAUGUUUACAUGAACACUAUGCUGAGAAGUGCCAAAU